CCCUGGCAUGAUAAAAAGGCCUUGCCGCCGAGAGGGAUCAUGCAGUGCACGCGGACCUUCACAUCAGACAGCAUGAACUCCUACGUAAUCCUCCUCUCGCUGGUGUCGGCCGCCAUGUGCGCGCCUCAGAACUACAACCGCUUGUCUGGCCCCUUCGAAAUCAUCCCAAUAAUCAGCGAGCGGAGCAGCGGCCCCCUCAACGGCGCCUACAACUUCGAAUUCGAAACCGGCAACGGCAUCCGACGCAACGAACAGGGCAGCCCGUCGGGACCUAAUGGAGCUGUUGUUUCUCAGGGAGGAUGGACAUUCACGUUCCCGGACGGCACUCCGGCUCAGUUCAGUUUCGUGGCGGACGAAGGAGGCUACCGCGUGGAGUCUCCACUCUUGCCCCAACCUCACCCCCUGCCUCGCCACGCCAUCGAGCAGAUCGAGAAAGCUCGCCAAGAAGAAGCGUCGGGAAUCUUUUACGAUGAACAGGGAUUCAGAACUGGCAGUGGCAGCCGACCCACAUAUAAUUGAGGAAUGAUUUUACGAAAGGUUAUCACUGCCGCUCAGAAUGACUGAUGAUUUUGAAAAGUCUUUAAGAAGCCGCAAAUGAUUAUUUUCUGUGAUUUAUAAUUAAUAAGGAGCGUUUUACUGCCGGACGUUUAAAGUUUCAUUAUGCCUACCCGAACCGCAACCGAUGAAAUUGAAACAAGCAUAUCGACUCGAACGAUCGAAGAUGAGGAGCGUGAAUAAAAAUGAUUUCACUUUCUUGACAUUCUGACGCUAAUUCUUAUUCUUAACCCGAAACUUAAUAACUUUAAAAUACAUACUUUCUAAUAAAUAUGCCCUUUGAUUUUGCACGUGUCGUGCAACUUUCAAUAUUUAUAUUAAUUCAUUCUUAUCUUCAUUUCAUUCCUAUUAUAAUGUCUUCUUCGUGAAUUUGUACUUGAAUAAAUGCAUUAAAUAAUG